GUCAAUGAGAAUCACAUUGAGCUAAUUAGCCUGGGAGAGGAUAGAAGCGCAAUCCUUACUGCUGAUGGACACAUGGUGGUCGCUGAGGUUGCAAAUCCCUCUGGUGACAGUAUAGGGGCUGAGACAGGCAGUUGUGCUGAGAGGUCAUCUGCAGUGAGGCGGCUCGGUUCAGCUCCACAGCACCAGCGCAGGUGGCCAGAGUGGGAGCCACCAUAUGGGCCCCACCAGCCAGACAGCAGGCUGACCUAACGACCCCACCUGGCGGCUCCCUUUUUGUUGGGCGGGUGGAGGUGUGAUUACAGCGCUAAUCUGAUUGUAGUAAAGGGUUUCUGUGCGAGCAUCUGCUGAGAUGGGACUCCAUAACUGAGCGCAGAGGAGGAGAGAGACAUUCGUGAGAGGGAGAGCAAGCGAGCGCAUGUGUGUGUGUGUGUGUGUGCCUGCUGGCGAGAAGUCCCAGGGAGGCACCUGCAUCACUUUACAGUGGACCUUCAACCUCAUUAAUAUGCUUAUAUAUGACACAGCAAAGAAAGAGCAACCCAUCUCACUCCCCAGCAGUUUGAACCCCAGGAGAUAUCGCAGCUUCAGCUGUCAGACGUUCUGAUUGAAGAGCUUGUGUCGGUGUGCCAGACUGCUCUCUCCAUACCGUGAGAUCCUUGUCUCGGUGUGCCAGAGUUAUCUCCGUUCCGUGAGGUCCAGUCAUCUCCGUUCCGUGAGGACCAGCCAUCAGUGUUCUGUGGGGUGUUGUCUUCUCCGUUCCGUGAGGACCAGCCAUCUGUGUUCUGUGAGGUGUUGUCUUCUCCGUUCUGUGAGGACCAGUCCUCUCCAGAGAUGGCUGAGCCCGAGCUGAUUGAUGCCAGGAAGUUGGUCCACCCCACCCUUGAGUCCCCUAUACACAGACGCCUACUCCGAGAACUGCUGCUCACACACAAAUGGGGACUGUUGCCAGGGGAGAGAUCAGAACUUCAGAAGGUUCUAGAACAGAGGAGACUGGAGAAGUGCAGAGAGCAGGCACAGCCCAUGUCAGACCUGGAGAUGGAGCUACGCAAGCACAGGGAGAGGCUACUCACAUAUGAGCUGGAGGAACAGAGACGCAGGAAGGAGCAGCAACACCUUCCAGAAUUCACCCGAGUGAGGGAGAACCUCAGGCACAUCCAGGUGUCGGGCCACUGACAGAAUACACACACACACUGGGGAUCAAGACACAACACAUCAUCAGGAUCGCUGAGAUUGUUCCUGAAAACGUUUGUAUGUUUGUAUUGAAAUCACGCUGAUGUACUGAUGUUUCAUUUCAUUUCUGUGGGGUAUUCCAAGUAUGUGGUUUAGUGACAAACCUGGGUAAGUUGACUCAUAGUAAGUGGUAAACCUUAGAAGAG